GGGCUGGAUAAUAAAGAGUGUGGAGUUGAACUCGUGCCACUGUAGUGAGUCAUCUCGGGCAGAGCGCAGGGGCUCCGAGCGAGCGGCGCUUGGCGGGGAGAGAGAGGGAGAGGCGCCGGCGGGCAGAGGCAGGGCCCGCGAGCCGACGGGCGAGGCGCGGGCGCCGGGAAGCAGUGCGGGUGUCUCCGAGAGUGGGCGCCGGAGCCCGGGCCGCGUCCCUCGCCUCCCGCCGGCUGGACCUGAAGUUCACGGGCGAGCGUUCCCGCCGGCGCGCCAGGGGCCCCGGCGCGCGGGCUGCUUUGCUCCUGCUAGCCAAGUGUCCAGCGGCCCCGUAAGGCAGGAGUCGGGUCUAGCCACAGGAAGUUUACGCUCGGGCCCCUUUUCUAAAAGGAGGAAAUAGCAGAAGUUUCUCCACCAAAGGACAGCCUUUCUUCUCUCUCUCUCUUUUAUUUUAUUUUUAGUUUUAGUUUUUGAUCUCUCUGCAAUCAGGGGCCCCCAGACCCGGCAGGCAAGGCUCGCGGGUCUUCCAUCCUUUUUUAAUUUCCAGUUUUCAGUUUGUACGUCGGUCCCGGCGGGGGCGGGAGGGCGCGCGCGGGGGAGGGACCGAGAGGCGCGCAGACUUUUUAGGAGGAACCGGGUGGAGAGCUGGUCCCGUGGCGCUUCCAGAGCGGCAGAGAAGUUCGGCGACAGGCGCUCGGGGGGUCCUGCCUCGCUGCAGUCGCCGCCUCGCCCUCCGAGCCCGCGCCCGCGCCCGCGCCCGGUGCCUGGAGGGAGAAGCGCGAGCGCUCAGGCCAGACCCCGGGGCGCGGCCGGCGAGCGAGGGAGCGCGCAGCAGCCGGUGCGCGGCCGCGACGAGGGCGGGGGAAGGCAAACACCCUGUUUCCUCUCGGGCUCCCACCGCGGAUCAUGUUCCAGGAUUAUCCCGGGAACUUUGACACCUCGUCCCGGGGCAGCAGCGGCUCUCCUGCGCACGCCGAGUCGUACUCCAGCGGCGGCGGCCAGCAGAAGUUCCGGGUCGACAUGCCUGGCUCGGGCAGCGCCUUCAUCCCCACCAUCAACGCCAUCACCACCAGCCAGGACCUGCAGUGGAUGGUGCAGCCCACGGUCAUCACCUCCAUGUCCAGCCCCUACCCCCGUUCGCACCCCUACAGCCCCCUGCCAGGCCUGGCCUCCAUCCCCGGGCACAUGGCGCUCCCGAGGCCUGGCGUGAUCAAGACCGUCGGCACCACCGUGGGCCGCAGGAGGAGGGACGAGCAGCUGUCCCCCGAAGAGGAGGAGAAGCGUCGAAUCCGGAGGGAGAGGAACAAGCUGGCUGCCGCCAAGUGCCGGAACCGGCGCCGGGAGCUGACGGAGAAGCUGCAGGCGGAGACGGAGGAGCUGGAGGAAGAGAAGUCGGGCCUGCAGAAGGAGAUUGCCGAGCUGCAGAAGGAGAAAGAGAAGCUGGAGUUCAUGCUAGUGGCCCACGGGCCUGUGUGCAAGGUCAGCCCUGAGGAGCGCCGGUCGCCCCCGGCCCCCGGGCUGCAGCCCCUGUGCGGUGGGGGCAGCGGCGUCGGCGCCGUGGUGGUCAAGCAGGAGCCCCUGGAGGAAGACGGCCCUGCAGCCUCGUCGGCGGGUCUGGACAAGGCCCAGCGCUCGGUCAUCAAGCCCAUCAGCAUCGCGGGGGGCUUCUACGGGGAGGAGCCCCUGCACACCCCCAUCGUGGUGACCUCCACACCUGCCAUCACCCCGGGCACCUCCAGCCUCGUCUUCACCUACCCCAGCGUCCUGGAGCAGGAGUCUCCCGCCUCGCCCUCCGAGUCCUGCUCCAAGGCCCACCGCAGGAGCAGCAGCAGCGGGGACCAGUCCUCGGACUCCUUGAACUCCCCCACCCUGCUGGCCCUGUAACCCGCCAUGGGGGGCUGCUCAUCGCCACCUCCUUCCCGGGGACCAGCACCUUCACGCAUCUUCCGGGGUCCUGAGGGCCAGAGGGGGACGCUGCCAGAGAGUUUCCUGGCUCUGGGGAGAUCCAGGUGGGAUUUGACGCUGAGGCCUGGAGGACCUUGGGGCUGUCUCUUGGGAGCCCGAGGCCUCCUCUGACAUUCACCUUGCAAGUGGAUCCUGUUUCUUGAAAAGCCCUGGAGACCCUGAUUUGGUGGACCUGACGGCCCUCUGGUUCUGAAGAGCCUGGUGCUGGUCCGGACCGUUCCUGCCUCUUUGCUACCAUCCUGCUCUGGAGUGACGGUGUCCUUCCCCGCCCCCACCAAGCAUGCUCGGCACCUUUGGGUUUCACCCACCCCUGCCCCCACCAGCAUCUGUUUCGCUCCCUCUUGGUUUUUAUCACAUUUGCCAUGACAUUUCAUCAGGGUGGUCUGGAUAUUAAAGCCUUCAUUUCUGGAGAUGGGGCAGCAGGUGACUCUUCUGCUCGGGGGGGACAGUCAAUGUGCAAUACAGACUUGCCCUCACCCUUCCACUUCCCAGCCCUCCACCGUCUCCAGAACCAUCGACAGGGCUCCCCAAGCCCGCAGGGAGGAGCUGCUGUCCCGGGGAGGCGCGGAGGACACUUCCUUCCCCCUUGGAGACAGCCACUGGAGGAGCAGCUUGGCCAGAGGACAGGGUGUGAGUGAGACAGCCGGGGCGCAGGGUGGAUUUGCUGAACGCCUAAUUACCAGGCCAGGAAUAGUGCCAGCAAAGCCGCACAGCUGUCCUCGCCAGCUUCCCUUCGCCCGCUGUCUUGGGCAGGGCGUCUCCUGUAAUUAUGGCCUCGCCGUUCUGCCCCUGGACCCUUCUCUCAGACCGGGGCAGCGUCCCGCCCUGGGACCCACACCUCGCUCCACCCAGGCCCUGCCCUCCCCCCACUCUGGCUCUCAGGGUGACGCCACCCACGGAGAGUUAAUGAGCGUGGGCACGGACCCUCCCCAGAUGGCUGCCAGGGGCCCCUCCCGGCGCCUCAGAGGAGCAUUUGCUGUGGAUGGAGAGGCCGGGGAGGGAGGGGCAGUUUUGGGGGUGGUAUUUGCCGCUGACACUGUCCUGGGUGAGAUGCAGGGCCGUUUCUACUCUCUGUGAUGAUCUGCUACCUGGGGGAUCUAGUGCUGUCUGUGUUUCGCCUCCUCCGCCCCUCUCUUCUCUUCUGUGCACAGCUGGCACGGGGCCCUUGCUGGGCCUCGUGUCCAAGGCCUGGCUGUCGGCUGCUUCCCCCAGCGGGGGUUACGGGAAGGGGUCCCCCUGGCCUAUGGUACCGGCCCAGCUCGGGACGGGCCUGGCUCCCACCCCUCGGGGCCUUUGCCUCCCAGGCACAGCUCCUGCUGUCUCCCUGUCCAGCGGGACCCUGGGAAGUGGCCUCUGGGCAGAGUUGGCCUCUGCCGUUCACUGCUGAGGGAGGCUCCGCCGUGGGUGAUUCAGCUCUAGAGAUGGUUGUCUGAUCCUAGAAACCUGUGUCUGUGUUAGUUCAGUCAGCCCAGUGAGGGAUAGAUUUCAAAAUGAGACGCGAGCGAGCAGGGAGCCAUUCCCUCGCUCCAGCCCCUACGAUGGGGAGCAGCCGGGACCUGCAAGUCCCCGUCCCAGGAUGGCCGCACGGAGGGCAGGCCAGGUGGAGAGGGGGUUAAAAAAGGUUUUUGUUCAAAAUGUUCUAGUCUUUAUUCCCCACAUUCCUUGGCUGUGAGGCUGCCCUUCUGGUUCCCAGAGGCUCUGAGAAGGGAUUUCUCCAUGACAUUGGGUUUCUGGCUUCAGAUUUAUCAAAUAUAUAUAUAUAAACAUAUAUAUUUCCUAUAUAUAUGUUUCAUAUAUAUAUUUAACACGCAUAUAUAUUUAAUAUAUAUAUAUUUCUUAAAUGGAACUUUCUGGUCUUUCGUUGCUAGAAGUCUCUCCCUCCUCACUGGUCACUGUGUGCAGCUCUGUUCCCAGGUAGGUCAGUCUGGGACUUGGGGUCAGGCUGGACAUUCCUGAGCGAGUUUGGCUGCAGUUCAGGUUUCAAGCAGCGUUGGCUCUGGGACCAGCAGCAGGGCGGGCCCCAGCCAACCCGUGGGCUUUUGCGAGGCCUCUGAGCCGCGAUCCCAUUCAGGACGCCCUGGUGCUGCCCUGGGAGCCGUGUCUCAAAGCCCGAGGUGAUGAGGGGAAGACGGAAUUCACACUGAGUCAUGAGCAUAUCCUCCGUUUACUACCUGCUGGCGAGCUCUCCCGCUCCCCCCACAUACACACACACACACAUGCAUGCACACAUGCACACACACCGGCACGCACCCUUGCUCCAGAAUCACCCGACACCGGGCCUGCCGCUGUUUCCUUCUCCUUGGCUCCCCUCAGGGAGCAGCUGGAGCGGGGGUGUCUCUGCUGGGGUUGGGAGCUGCUGCGCUUCCCCCACACUUCUGGCAGUAAGGCGGCCAGGGUGGGCUCCGGGUGGGCCGCGGGCAGCUCUGGGGCAGCACGGGGCAGGCAGGCUCUCCCUGGCCGGCUGGUGUGGCACGCCUGGCCCACUGGCUGGCCUCUCUGGGAGCGGUCCUCUCCCCGGCCCGGUGGCUGGGGACAGCUGCUGACCCAGGAAAGGAAGGCAAGCCUGGGUGAAGCUGAGGAAAUUGCUGGAGCCGACUCCAAGCGGGGAAUUCAUUGGGGAGGUUUUCAGAAAGAGUCGAGAGUUGUUCUGUCUGUGCGGAAGGCCAGACGUGUCCCAUCGCAUCCUGUCACGCCAGCCUCGAAGCCCAGAGCCACCAGAGGCUGCUGCUCCUCUUUCUCGGGCUUUGGCACCAGUGUGAGAGUGGGUUGAACUCUCUGGAGCUUUGAGAUUUCCUCUCCUUUCCUCGAUGGACCACUGCUCCUUGCAAUCUCACUGUUUAACUUUUAGGUUGAUUUCCUUCCCCGAUCAGGUGCCUGCGUUGUCCCUUUAGGAAGGAAAAGGCACCCGCUGGAUGCCAGGCAGCAUUAGGCACUUUUGUGAACCCUCCCGGGGAUGAGGCUGAGGGAUCUGGCACCCCCUUAUCAAGGCCCCCCACGUAAAGGAUAAAUGCAAGCACUUGCAGGUGAGAAGGCCGUUCUCAUUCUCUCUGAUCCGAGGCAGGACUGCCUUCAGUCUGAGAUUCCCCUGCAGAUCCCCCCACCUCCAAACACCCCCUCUUUUCCCUCCACCCCUCCAUGUGCUCCUCAGAUGGUUGGAGGGGUCGUGAGUCCUUGUAGAAUUUGUGGACCAAUAGGAUACAGGUGUGUAUAACUUUCCUUUUUAAACUUAAGGAAGGGGGUCUUGCUACUUUCUGCUUGUUCAGUCUUCUUGGCAUUCAUCUUAAAAGCCAGCAUCUCACUAUUUAUUGACAGGUUGGUGUGUGUGAGUGUGUGAGUGUGUGUGUGUGUGUGUGCACUUCCAGGUGUGCGCAUGUCCUCUGAUAGCUUUUUUAAAGGAAACCCAGUCAUCCAGCUACUAAUUUGACACCUUCUCAUGCUUCUAGCGUUUGGGCCAAAUAUCAACUGAGGGUUUAAUUUUCCAAUACCGACAACAUGCUCAGGAUGGGCCGGUCAAAAUUUUGAGGGGGGCAUGGGAAGCAGGGGGGAGAAAAAUCUACCUUUAUUUUAUUAUUUAUUUUAAAUGUUUACAGCUUCUUUGUGUUGUACCAAGCCUGGAUAGAAACAGAUAGCAUUAAAUAAUCACUUCCUCUCUCCCCCUCUGCCUUAUUUCUUUAUUUUUUUUUUUAAUCUCGGCUAAUGAUGCUUUUUGUUUGUUUGUUUGUUUGUUUCUAAAAUGAUUGGUGACUUGUGCUGUAUAAACUGUAUAAAAAUGUUCUGUUUUUAAAGAUGGUUUGUCAUUCCUCUGGGGACAGGGGUCACCAAGAAGUCUGUAUUGUAAGAGGACACAGCAAAAAGAUCCUGUCCUGUUCCCCCCAAAUUAUUUUCUCUGUAUGAUUAAAGGUUUAUUCCAUUUAUUUUGGUUUGUGGUUACUUGAUAUUGAGGAAGAAAAUAUUUGAUUUUGUAUAGAGACUAGGUAUCUGGGUGUCUGUUCUGUGGUGGGAGAUGUGUAUAUAGUAUUUUGGUAUAUAGUGGGAAAUCACAAGCUUUGUGCAUCUGUAGUUGAGAAAUGUCAACGACGUGGACCGAACUCUGCUCUAAGACCCUGGAGGCAAACCUGUUGCACGAGGUUCACAUAGCUGGGUGGGGAAGUUAAUGACCUUGCUGAUCACCUUUGUUGUUUUUUAAUUGUAGUGGUGGAAUGGUCCCAUCCGAGAGGCUUCUAAAUAGUCUCUCAGGGCAGGACUGUGAGCCCAAAAUCUUUGUAUAGUUUUGAAAAUUGAGGAGUAGCUUUGCUCUGAAGCUGCUCUGACGGUGUUUGUUGUUGUUUCGUUUUGUUAUUUUACUGUAAUUCAAGCCUACAGUAUUUGCACUAAAGAAAGCUUGUUAGAAAAAGCUUGCUGCUAUGGAAGAAAGAACAUAUUAACCCCUCUCCCUGCUGGUUUUUGUUUUGUUUUGUUGUUUUUGUUUUUGUUUCGCUUUUCCACUUUCAAUUGAGUAGCAUUUUGUAGAAUAAAAUGAAUUAAGAUUGAA